UUAUAAGUUUUAGUUAUUAGAAUGGAAGCUGGCAGAUGCCGCACACCAACCCACAGUUUCUCAGGACUGAAAUGCGGAGCGGAACGCAGUGGUGCGGCAGGAGCGCUCGGGGGAGGGAGCUUAGUGCGGGAUUCACAGGGCGCAGGCCGGGAUGGGUUCGCUGCUGCGGAGAAUCACCAAAGCAAUGACACAGUGGUAGUACCACACAACACGAUGGAGGGUAUCUUCAAUAUGAAUGCGGGACUUCGUCUCUUCAACGACUGUGCGGUGGUCAUUCCUACCGAUUUUGUCAUGGACAGAUGCAUCUGCGGCAGGCAGAUAGCUGUGAAGUCAGGAUGUUUACGCCAACUGUACACAGUCUAUCAGAUGGUCGAGCUUCCAGAAACUCAUCAGUUGUUGCGGGACACGUGCAGAGGUUUUGCAGAAAAGGAACUCACUCCAGUUGCUGCGCAGCUGGACAGGGAGCACAAAUUUCCUGCUGAGCAGGUAAAGAAAAUGGGAGAGCUCGGGCUCAUGGCAAUGGAUGUGCCUGAAAAAUUUGGUGGAGCAGGAUUGGAUUAUUUGGCAUAUGCCAUUGCCUUAGAGGAAAUAAGCCGGGGCUGUGCUUCAUCUGGUGUCAUCAUGAGUGUAAAUAAUUCAUUGUAUUUGGGUCCAAUUUUGAAAUUCGGUUCAGAAGAACAGAAGCACAAGUGGAUAACCCCGUUCACAGAUGGAAAUAAAAUUGGCUGCUUUGGUCUGAGUGAACCAGGGAACGGAAGUGAUGCCAGUGCAGCCUCCACCACUGCCAGACUAGAUGGUGAUCACUGGAUUUUAAAUGGUACAAAGGCUUGGAUCACAAAUGGCUGGGAUGCUUCUGCUGCAGUUGUCUUUGCCACCACAGACAAAUCACUCAAGCACAAGGGGAUAAGUGCAUUCUUGGUUCCAAUGCCUACACAAGGACUAUCUUUAGGGAAAAAAGAAGACAAAUUGGGAAUAAGAGCAUCAUCUACUACAAAUCUUAUUUUUGAAGAUUGCAGACUUCCAAAGGACAACAUCUUGGGAGAACCAGGCUUUGGAUUCAAAAUAGCCAUGCAAACCCUGGAUUCAGGUCGGAUUGGUAUUGCCUCCCAGGCUCUCGGAAUUGCCCAGGCAGCCCUGGACUGUGCAGUGGACUAUGCUGAGAAAAGGAUGGCAUUUGGCUCACCGAUCUCCAAACUCCAGGCUAUACAGUUCAAACUGGCUGAUAUGGGCCUAGCACUGGAGAGCGCUCGCUUGUUAACCUGGAGAGCAGCCAUGCUGAAGGAUAAUGGAAAAUCAUACACAAAGGAAGCUGCAAUGGCCAAACUGGCAGCAUCUGAGGCUGCAACAAGUAUAGCUCAUAAAGCCAUGCAGAUUCUAGGAGGUAUGGGUUAUGUAACGGACAUGGCAGCAGAGAGACACUAUCGUGAUGCCCGCAUAACUGAGAUCUACGAAGGAACCAGUGAAAUCCAGAGACUGGUCAUAGCCAAUCAACUGCUAAAAGGAUACAAAGGUUAAGAGCGUCUUUGGGAACAAUCGGUUGGUAAUGCUGAAAUUGCCUAAUGCAACGAGUGUUGAUAAACAGGAACUGGAAUGCCAAUCCAAUGCUGUUAAUCUGUGAUAUAAUUUUAAUACCUCAAAUGUGGAAAGGUUUAUGCAAAAUGAAUAUAAAUUUGUCAGAAUAUGAAGCAAGCUGACUUAAUAUGUUACAACAUCGGAAGAAAAGUCCAAAGCACCAAUCACAUUUAAAACCAGAAAGACAAUGAAUGAUUUAUCAUUUGAAAUUAUCAAAGGCCUUAAAUCCAGCACAGAAGAUACUCAAUAAUAAUAAUAAUGGUCCUCAGCAAUCCAUUUUCCUUGCCUUGUUCUUCUUCAGGUGCCCUGUUUUACAACGUCGGUGAUCAUGGCUCACCAGCUUUCUGGUCCUUAAUAGCAGCCAAGGUCUUGGUGUUGCUCUCAAAUCUUAUACCUGUUCCUCAUAAACUGUGUAUUUUUUCCUUUGUCUCCCUCUUGCUCUACUACCCUCAAUUUUAUUGGCCACUAUCAAAUGUACUAGUUUCUUCCUCCUAAGAACGUACCAAAAAAAUUGUAAUUGUUUCUGGUGAUCAUCUACAGAAGUGUUCUUGUGUGCCUGCUUUCCUCAAAAAUUCCUCACUUGUGUGUUGUUCAAUUCACCCUCAUCAUACAUCUCAGAAGCCACACUUCUCUUGCCUUUAAUUUAUCCUCCAUUUUCUUGCUUAUAUUCCAACUUUUGCACCCAUAUACAUUGACCAGAUGCUACAUUAGAAAUCUCAUUUUGCUUCCAUAGAGAUGUUCUUAUUCCUAAAGAGUCUGGCAUUUUUGUGAAUGUUGGUUUUGCAAGUGUCAGCUGCUUCCUGAUGUCUUGAUUACUUUCACUGUAAAGAUUGAAAAGACCCGGAGACAGAACAAACCCUACUAUGUAAGUUGAUGUAACUAGGAACUUUGCUCUGCUACUCUCGUAUACUGCAGCCCUGACAGCCAUUGUAGUACAAAUUAUAUCCGAGCAAAAGGAACCAGAGGGAGGGAGAAGAUUUCCUCUAUCCACUAGAUUUAAAAACUUAUUUAAAAAAAAAACACCCAGGAGUUCACUACAUCCAGUGCACAGAGGCUACCUUCCUUGCAAUGACUAAGGCACUUUCUUGCUGUACACAGCGUAAUGAUAUUCUGUCUGAUCUUUGCUUUCAACAAUGCAAAUAUAAAUUGACCUACUCCUCAUAAAAUGUGAUCGGGUGUUUGCUGCUGAUUCAGUCCAGCAUAGAGGAUCAUAUAAUCGCAUUUUCUCCUCCUCUUUGGUAUCAUUUUUUAUCAAUUGAACUUUUCACUAUUCACUCAUUGUGUAUUCGCUAGCUGCAGAAAGCACAUUAUAUUAAUGUCUUACCAGAAUCUGCUACUGCAGCAAUAAUUGAAAAUGUGCUAACCGUUGAAUGAAAUAAUAAAACAAAUAUUUUUAA